AUGUGGGAACGGCAGCUGUUUGAGCGUCCCACGCUCGAGAAGAUCGAAGCUGCAGAGAGGUUUCGUCGGGAUGGAAACGCCGCAUAUGCAGACCGCAACUUCGGCUUGGCAGCGGUUUGCUACCGCAAG